AUGUCUUCCGCCCAACAACGUCUGUCUCAGGUGGCUUCCCACUUCGGCCCUGGUGGCAAGAAGGGAGUCUCCGCCAUCACGGAGAAGCACCCCGAUGAUAUCGUCGUGACCUGCGCUCUGCGUACGGCUCUUACAAAGGGUGGAAAAGGUGGUUUCAAGGACACCGCUGCCGCUGACUUGCUGGCCGGUGUCUUUAAGGGGGUUAUCGACCGCAGCGGCAUCGACCCCAGCCAGGUCAACGACAUCGCUGUCGGCUCCGUCCUUGCCCCGGGUGGUGGUGCGACGGAAUUCCGUGCUGCCGCCCUGGUUGCGGGCUUCCCCGAGUCUACUGCUGUCAAGAGUUUGAACCGUCAGUGCUCUAGCGGUCUUCAGGCGAUCGUGGAUAUUGCCAAUGCCGUGAAAUCGGGCAUGAUCGAUGUUGGUAUUGGUGCUGGUGUCGAGAGCAUGUCGUCUCAAUACGGCCCCGGUGCCGUGACUGAGUUCUCCGAGCUUCUCGAGGCCCACCCCGAGUCGGCCAACUGCAAGGUUCCCAUGGGUGUUCUGUCCGAGCAGAUGGCCAAAGACCGCAACGUCACCCGUGCAGCCCAGGACUCUUUCGCCGCCGCCUCAUACCAGAAGGCCGUCAAGGCCCAGAAAGCCGGCCUCUUCAACGAGGAGAUCAUCCCUCUGGAAGUCAAGUGGACGGACCCCAAGUCCGGCGAGGAGAAGACCAUCACCGUCAAGGCCGACGACGGCAUCCGCGACGGCAUCACCCCCGAGUCGCUGGGCAAGAUCCGACCCGCAUUCGCCAAGGACGGAUCCAUCCACGCCGGAAACGCCUCCCAGAUCUCCGACGGUGCUGCUGCCGUGCUGCUGAUGAAGCGCUCCACGGCCGAGCGCCUGGGACAGAAGAUCCUCGGCAAGUACGUCGCUGCUAGCGUCGUCGGUGUCAAGCCCCUGCUCAUGGGUAUCGGCCCGUGGAAGGCCAUCCCCGUGGCCUUGGAGAAGGCCGGCAUCACCAAGGAUGACGUGGACAUCUACGAGAUCAACGAGGCGUUCGCCUCGCAGUGCGUCUGGUGCAUCAACGAGCUGGGUCUUCCGCAAGAGAAGAUCAACCCCAAGGGUGGUGCAAUCGCCUUCGGACACCCUCUCGGCUGCACGGGUUCCCGUCAGAUCAGCACGCUGCUGACGGAGCUGAAGCGGACGAACAAGAAGAUCGGCGUUAGCAGCAUGUGCGUGGGCACAGGUAUGGGUAUGGCGGCCGUUUGGGUUGCGGAGUAA